CCCGCGUCCGUCCCGCCGCAGGGUCCCUACGCCCGCUGCAGCGUCACACACUCCCCCCUCCCCCGGCUCGAUGGACGCUACCACCGCCCCAGUUCUCUUGUCUGAGCAACCGGGAGCUCGCUAAGGGUUAAGGGGGAUGGUACCGCCCAGCCCCCUCCUCGCGGUGGGAGUGGUUUAGUCCUCAGCAAGAGGCGGUUGGCGACGGUUGGGAUGGGCCCCUCAGAACCUCUUAAAAUGAAACCUAGCGGGGCUGGGAGCCGGGCACUGCGCGAGGGACUGGGAACCGCCUGCUCUGCCCUGCGCGCGGGGCUGCGAGCCGGCCACGGAGCGCGGCACCGGGGGCUGCCCUGAGGGAGCGCUGGCCGAGCCCGGGCUGGGGGCAGAGGCGUGCGGAGCCCUCCGCUGCCCGCCUCAGCCAGCCGUGGGGGCGGGGACCCUCGGUUUGUCCUUAACCCCCCCUGCCCCCCUCCCGGCGGCUUGUUAUCUGGGAAACCGGCUGCCUCAGGAAAACCCAUCGCGAGUCGGCAGCUGGGAGGCGACUCCUGCGUGGAGGUGUCCCGAGGGCAUCGCUGUCGCGAUAGUCUAUCGAUCCAGAGACUGGCUCCUGCCCGGGGGCAGGGGGGCUCCUUUGCUCCCCCCGCCCCCUUUUUAUUUUUGUAAUUAAAAUAUUCUAGGGGGGGAUAUUGCAGGACUCUUACCCCCCCACCCCACCCCCCUUGAUAUUUAUAAAUCGCUCUCGAGAGUCGCCCGUGGCGAUGUACAACACGGUGUGGGAGAUGGACGGCGAGGACACGGACUGGCGGGAGGUGAUGAUGCCCUAUUCCACCGAGCUCAUCUUCUACAUUGAGAUGGACCCGCCAGCUCUUCCUCCAAAGCCCCCAAAACCGAUGACUCCGGGCAACACAAAUGGAAUAAAGGACAAUUCCAGUUUCUCCUUGCAGGAUGCAGAGUGGUACUGGGGGGAUAUUUCAAGGGAGGAGGUAAAUGACAAAUUACGAGACAUGCCAGAUGGAACAUUUCUGGUGCGCGAUGCAUCAACCAAGAUGCAGGGAGACUACACUCUGACAUUGCGGAAGGGUGGCAACAACAAACUGAUAAAGAUUUAUCAUCGGGAUGGAAAAUAUGGUUUUUCUGAUCCAUUGACAUUUAACUCUGUUGUGGAGCUGAUUAACCACUACCGCCAUGAGUCUCUUGCCCAGUACAAUCCUAAGCUUGACGUGAAGCUGAUGUAUCCAGUAUCCAGGUAUCAACAGGAUCAGUUGGUGAAAGAAGAUAACAUAGAUGCAGUAGGUAAAAAGCUUCAGGAAUACCACUCUCAGUAUCAGGACAAGAGUAAAGAGUAUGACAGACUAUAUGAAGAAUACACCAGAACAUCACAGGAAAUUCAGAUGAAGAGAACUGCAAUUGAAGCAUUUAAUGAAACCAUUAAAAUAUUUGAGGAACAGUGCCACACGCAAGAGCGAUACAGCAAAGAAUACAUUGAACGAUUCCGCAGAGAGGGGAAUGAGAAGGAAAUCGAACGAAUUAUGAUGAAUUACGAGAAAUUAAAAUCACGCCUGGGAGAGAUCCACGAUAGUAAAAUGCGUCUGGAGCAGGAUUUGAAGAAACAAGCUCUGGACAAUAGGGAAAUUGACAAGAAAAUGAAUAGCAUCAAACCCGAUCUUAUCCAGCUACGCAAGAUCAGAGAUCAGUAUCUUGUAUGGCUCAAUCACAAAGGAGUGAGGCAGAAGCGAAUAAACGACUGGCUGGGAAUCAAAAAUGAAAAUAUUGAUGAUACUUACUUUGUGAAUGAAGAAGAUGAAAACUUGCCACAUUAUGAUGAGAAAACUUGGUUUGUUGGGGAUCUCAACCGUAUCCAAGCAGAAGAUUUGCUCCGUGGGAAACCUGAUGGAGCAUUUUUAAUUCGAGAGAGUAGCAAGAAAGGAUGUUACGCUUGUUCUGUGGUAGCUGAUGGCGAAGUUAAACACUGUGUGAUCUACAGCACUCCAAGGGGUUAUGGGUUUGCAGAACCAUAUAACCUGUACAGCACACUUAAGGAAUUAGUCCUUCAUUACCAGCAGACAUCCCUCAUUCAACACAAUGAUUCCCUAAAUGUCAGGCUCGCCUAUCCUGUCUACGCACAGAUGCCCUCCUCCCUUUGCAGAUAAAUUCUGGGGAGGGGGAAAGUGUUGGCUAUCUUGGAUUCUUUUCUACAGUUUUUAUUAGAACUCUGAGGGCAUUUUUUCUCCUUAGACUGCUUGUUUUGCACAAGAAGUGAUUCUGUGAAUGUGAAUCAAAGAGGCCUAGCAGCAACAAGACGACAACUUGGGUGUAGGUGUCCUGGUGCUACCUAAAGCUCAGCUAUGCUUUUACACUGAUACUUUUUUGUUUCCCUCCGGGGGGAAUAAACUCAACAUAAACACAUCCAAAAAACUGGAAGCAAAACAUUUUAUGGAGAUAAUUUUUUGCCAGGCACCUUCAGCAGAACUUUUAAUUGGGAUUUUUUUUCUUGUUCUUGUGGAGACAAUUUUGAAGCCUCUAUUGAGGCAUCAGUAAUGUCUUUCAGUCUUAAACUCCAAGAAACUAGGGGGGGAAACUCUACACAGCAAUGCUCUCUGUUAAUUUUAGCAGCUUCACUGCAAUUCAGCCGAACUUCCAAAUGAGGGCUUAUCUUGAGGAGGCGUGGAAUUUGGUGAGAGAAGACCAAAGGAAUUACGGGAAAGCUUCAGGUUGUUAUUUAAAAGGAAAAAAAAUCCUUAUAAAGAAAAGUUGCUUUAUUUUUUACCAACAGUAACAAAGUUUUUUGGUUUCAACGACACUACAGGUCUUCGUGUAAAGGAAAUGUUUAUAACCAAAUUGAACCCACCAAAACUUUGUUCGUUGCUGGAUUGAGCACUUAUGGGGGAAGGUUGCAUUAGCAUCCACAUAUACUUUCUACACCAAAACUUGAAACAAAUAAAAGGAAAAGCUAAAACUUCUUGUGUGGUUUUGAAAACUCUAAUCUGUCUGAUUUGAUGUAAUUGCUCCUCCUUCCUCUCCCCUCUUCUGUUUGGUUUUGUUUUUUGUUUGUUGUUAUUUUGGGACACUUCUUUCCAAAUCUUUUAGAUACUAUGCUUUGGAAUGUAAACCAGAAUGAAGCUGGCCACUCAUGUUUUGUGAGUUUUGUUGCUGAAUGAUGAACUAUUCUUUUGAAACCCUUGUAACUGUUUUGUAAUGUAAGUAUAAAGAAAAGGUGCAAUGCAGUGCUUCUGGAUGGCUUCUUAUACCAAAUAAUUACAUGAAGACCGGUCCUCAGAUUUUUUCUAUUAUAAAUAGUAUGCUCAAUCAUACAAAUGCCCUUUGACUUGUUCACCCAUGGACCAGAUUCUGAUUUCCAUUACUUCACUGAAGUCAGGUACUCAAGAUUUUAUGCUAGCAGAAUCUAGUUCUACUAUCUAUAGCCAUGUUUAGUGUUGGGUAAUAAUAAAAAAGUAACCUGCAUUAUUUGUAAACACAGCAGCCAGAUAAGUAGUAGCCAAAGGAGGAAGUGGAUCUUCUGCUAUGAGAUAGGCAUAGACUAUUCUAAAAACUACAGGUUCUCUUGUGCCAUCUGCUGAAGCAUCUGAUACUGUCAGAUGCUGGGUAGGCAGACCCUGGGUGUAACUUGGUGCAGCAAUCCUGUGUUCCUAAAAUGCUUAAGCCAAGGAAUAAUUGCACUUGAAGAGAGAUGUAGGUUGUCCCCAUUAUAUGCUUGACUCAGUAUUUUGAUUUGCUACUACUGAGUCUCUACAGUGGAAAACUAAAUUAGGUAAGAGUAGCUUUGUUUGGCAACAAAGCACAAAUGGCAAAGUAAUUAUUCCGUCUGUGGCCUUAGAAUUAAAUUUUUGCUAUUUUUAGUGGUAGCAUUUUGUUUCAUACCCACUGUAUGUUAAUUGCACAGGCACGGAAACAGUCUAGUGUUAAGACACAAGCCUGCAUGUCAGGAGCCCUUGGGUCUGUUUCUGACCCUGCCACUGACUUCUUGUUUGAACUUGAACCAUCUAUAAUCCCUACGGAAUGAUGGCAAGGUUGUUGCUUAAUUAAUGUUUGCACUGAGAAAUCAAACACAGGCACUAUAAAAUACUGUUAAGCAGAGCAUUAUUUAUUCAUGAGUAGGGCUGUGACAGAUCUUGAACACUGAUAAACAGUAGUGGAAAGGGCAAUUUAGAUUGCUUGGCAUGUCCAAGCAACACUUUAUUUUGCACUAAAUGUGCCGCUGGUUAAACCCAGCUGCUGGUUAACCGGCUAGAAUGCGAUCUUCAAAUGAAUAAGUGUCAAGGCUUGAAAAGCCCCCACAAACUGAUGCUGGUAGAUGUCUCGUGUGAGAGGAGAAUGAGACUAACACAUGGCCCCAUGCCAAAUGACCCAGUUUCCCCUGGUUGGCUACCACAUUGCUGGUAAAAUGUCUGUCCUAGUCAGUAAAAAUCUAGAUUUGCUGCUCCAGCUGUAGGUCAGAAAUGGACUUUUUUUUUUUUUUUUUUUUUUUUGGUAAAAGCAACUUGCCACAUCUCUUAAGUUACGGGUAAUCCAGUGACGGCAAAGCAUCAUUCUCAUGCUUUAUCUCUUGCCCCUCCAGCAUUCUCCCUGCCACUGGUUUCAAUCUAGACUACACAUAGACUGGGUAGAUUUUUCAAAGGUACAGAUAGCAGUUAUCUACUCUCUGGUCCUUUGAAAAUCUAUUGCAUUAUAUCAUGAGUCUUCUCUUACUUCCACUGGAAACUCUAGUGGAGUCAAUGGAGUUAUUCCUCAUUCUCUACUCACGCUGGUGAGAAUCUGCAAACUGUGAAGUGUCUUGCAAUCUGAACUGUGACAAAGGUUUUCAUAUUAACCAGCAACGGUCAAUUAUUAGACUAAAUCCUGGCUCAGUUUCUCAGCACCACUGGCAGUGGUGCAGGAAGUAGAACUACUUCUGAAGGUUUCUUGUAGUUGAAUAUCACUGAGCUUGUGAUGUGUUAAGCCAGAUUCCACUUGGUUAUGCCUGUAUAAAUUCAGAGUAAUUCCAUUGGCUUCUGUGAAGUGACUUUGGCUUUACAGUGGGGUGUGAAUGAGCUCAGAAUCUGCCUCCCCUUAUUUCACAUUUCUUCACCCUUCACAGGUGCUGCAUUGUUAUGAGCAAUACAUCCAUCCAGAAAGCUAAAAGCCAUCUAGAAGCAUUUUAAUUCUUUUUCCCCCUACAUUUCAGAUUAGGACUGUGUUCAAAUUAAAACCUAAAAGUUCCUCACUUUCUCCAUCCCUAUCUCCCUGAUGACUCCUUAUUUGUCCAUGUGCCUUUUUGCACUUGAUUUAGGCACACGAGUUACAGCUUGCUAGUGUUUUACCCAUUUUAUGGUCACACAUGCCACUGCACACCUCCUUUUGCGUCAGUUUUUGCACUCAUGUGGCAAGUGAAAAAUGGGUAUAAGACCAAGUGAAAUACAUAGCAGGUAUAAUCCACUAGGGGGCCUGCUCCUGCUCCCAGUCACUCCAGUUGGCCUCAUCCUGCUCACUCACUGGUAUAAAACCAGUGUAACCCUGUUACUCUGCACAUGACUGAAAGAGAAAUUGGAAUUAGGCUCAAUAGGUGCAGGAUUGGGCCCUUGUAUGAGCUGUUAACAAGCUUAAAUGCAUACGAGAGAACAUAAGAGCAAAGAAAGGAAGUAAAAUAUAAAAAUUAAAAAAAAAAAAACCCAGAAGACAAUAUGCUCGUGUGCGAAUAGAGUGCAGAAAAGUUCUGGUUUCAAGGGUCAAAAGACGGGGAACUUAUGCUCAGUGUAUUGGAGCAGCCAUUUCUUACCUGACUGCAGCUAGAGUAGUGCUGAUCUCACUGACCCAUGUUGUAUUAAGUAUAUAUAGAGAUUUAAAUAAAACUUUUUUUUGCACAGUAUUAAAUGGGGGAAAUGAUAUUGAGACCUUCUAAUAUGCACAGUUUCUUCUAUCUGUUUGAAGUAUAUUUGCAGGGAACAGGGGUGAUUCAGUAUUUUGCUUUUUCACAAAUGGGGAAACCAGUUCUACUUCCACAGUUGCCAUUGUGCCCUUUGUACACAGCACAGCAGCCAAGAACAUCAUGUUGCUGAAGUUCCUAAACUUCCAACUCUCCUCCCAUUCGUUCCUUUACCAGUCGCACGUCUUACUGCGAACAAGUGGGGAGUGGGGGUGUUGAGAUGAGUUGGUAAGUUGCAGUUUGAGGCUGCUGCCAAGUUUUCCCAAAGAGCACAGGUGCAGUCGAAAAACAAGGGUGUCUCAUUGAGUAUUUGAACCACCGUGUAAUAUAUGAACAUAUAUGGUGACACGUUUUCCAGUUAAAGGGGGAGAGAAGUUGUCUAAACUGUUUCUGGAAGUGAUGGCGCAAUGCCUGCCAUGUACCACAUGUCCCCUAGGUCUGUACUGGGUUCUGAGGCAGUACAACUCUCUCUGCACCAGGAUCAAACAUGGUUUCUCCAUGUGCAUGCACACUUCCAAAGGUGACAGAGGUAGAAAAGAAAUCCUCAAUCAAAUUAAUGAGCCUAUUCUUUUCUCACUUACACUUGAAGAAAAGCUGUGUAUGUGAAAGGAGAAUCGAGCCCAUCUACUUUACGUGAUACCCAAAUUUCAGGCUGCACUCAUGUCACAGAAGGACAGAAAUCAGAAGUUUAAAUCUUGGCCUCUUUAAAGCCAAGCAGCAUAAUGGAGACUGUGGAAAUGAAUGUUGACGCUUUCAGUGCAGUUGUAAGGGCUGGGGAAAUCUUGGUUGCCCUAACAUUGCUGUUAGGAUGCAACUUGGAUGGCAACGUGUCCAGCAACUCAAUACUAUGGCUGUUUAAAACAGCAGAAUUACUAAAGGUGUGUCACAGUUCUAAAGUUUGGAAAAGCCCCUUAUAUUUGGUACUUGAACAUUCUCUUUUCUGUUUGAAUGUUUGUUUGUUUUUUCUUUACACUAACAAUGAAAAUCUGAACUGUUAGUGAGUCUUGUAAGUGUGCUGCAUUUUGCAGACAUAAAACAGGUACUUUUUUGUGGAUGGGGGGAGGGUAAGAGACAGGUUCAAAAUGCAGUUUUAACAGCACUAUGGUGAAGUGGGGUUUUGUUUUCAGCCAUAUUCUAGAAUCCUACAUUCUUUUGUUUUUCUUCCUACCUUAAUGUCAGCUUUGUUUACAGCAGAGUCAAAAUAUAUUCCUGAAAGAACAAAGACUCAUGCCAAUU